AUCAAUGGUGAAAGGCCGAGGCGAGAUAUCCAGGUUCCGUUACGAUUUUGCAAACUUAUGCAUAAGUAGUUGUAAUGGUCUGACAUUGGAGCAUUACAUCAGUAGAGCUGAUUCUCAAUAUUGCAUUGCAAACCCCGCAACUAAUCGACAUUUUUAUCUGCCUCCGUUUCCUACCUCCUUUACGCAUGAGCUGCAUUGUUCUGCUAUAGCAUAUACUGCAGCUUCAAUGGUGUAUAAAGUGGUUUGCCCUGGUAUAGAUAAGACUUCAAAGUCAACAGUGUGCGCUAUACUGACUGUUGGAGUUGACAGCUCUUGGAGGUAUGUUCAAACCGAACACUUAUCUCCCGAUACUAAGAGACUUUUAUUGAAAAAUCCAUUGACCGAUGAAGGGUUUUUACAUUGGCCAGAGAAAAAAGGCACUCAUAUCCCGACUUUGAAUGUGGAGACUGAGAUUAUUACAGAGACUCGUGUACCUCCAGGUUGUAAUGGGAAAGAAUUGAUGUAUUAUUUGUCGAGUGGGAGGUCUCUAACUGUGCUCGUUCAGUGUAGUGGAUUUUCGUGGGAUGUUUGGGAGUUGACAAAACCAGAAAACGGGGAAUGGACAAAGAUUGGCCGCAUAGACUUGGAAGGGCGAAAGUGGAAAUUUGAAGAGUUGGUCAUUGAAUGUGGUUGUAACACCGGCCCUUUCGCACUCUGGCCGGUUGGUUGGUUAAAUUAUGCGCAAGUAUUGGUAUUGCAUAUUUCCUAUCUAACUCAGGUUUGCAUCCUCUAUAAUGUUGUUAGUCAAGAAAUUGACUUUGUUGAUAUGGGUAGAGUCUUUUAGACAAUGGUUGCUUUUGGGUUUUCAUCUCUCUCGGUUUCCUUUUUCUUUUCUUCCUGAAAGUCUAUUCGAUUUGGAUGGGCCAGACGACGGAUUUUGCGGCCGAUCACAUCGAAGAGGUGGGGA